AUGGAGGAGCCAAUUUACACACAUUGGAAAGCAUUGAAGCGAAUUUUGAGGUACAUCCAAGGAACAGUGUCACUUGGGAUGUUUUACUCGAAUUCAGACAAAUACAAGUUGGUUGGUUACUCUGACAGUGAUUGGUGCGGAGACAUAGACGAUCGAAAAAGCACUUCUGGAUAUGUGUUUUUCAUGGGAAAUACUGCAUUUACUUGGCUUUCUAAAAAGCAGCCGAUAGUAACACUUUCAACAUGUGAAGCAGAAUAUGUAGUAGCAUCCUGGUGCGUUUGUCAUGCAAUAUGGCUCAGAAGAUUGAUGAGUAAAAUGGAGCUAGAACAGAAAGGUGCAACAAUAAUACAAGUUGACAACAGGUCAGCAAUUGAGUUAGCAAAGAAUCCAGUAAACCAUGAAAGGAGCAAACACAUUGACGUUCGCUUCCACUUCAUUCGAGAACACGUGAAGGAAGGAAAUGUCGAAUUGAAGCAUUUAAUGGGUUUUAUUAAUAAGUUAAUGGAGAGAUUUGGAAGGUCAAGAGACAGUGGCCAAAUUCAUAGUAUUUACUAA